UUCGGUUCUCUGGGCUCCACCAUCCGGCCUGGGCUUUCUUCCCCAGACAGCUCUUGCGAUAUUUGGAGGCAGUCAGAUGGGUCAUCUGCCUCCCGUUCCUCUUACCAUAAUGAAAUGUGUCACCCCAGCCCUCCUCACUUGCCUGGUUGCACUGGUACUGAGGCUGGAAAGGGCUGGUACGCAGCCGAGCCCUCCUGGGCACUGUCCCCGGCCAGGGGGAGAGUUCACACCCACAACCCGUUUUUCGUCUGCAGAGAUGGAGUCCACGGCCUACCCUUUCCACGUAACCCUGAAGGAAGAGCAAGAGGAAGAAGAGAUUGAGAGCCAGCAGCCGGAGGAUCACCCCACAGAUAUGCAGAAAGUCCGAAUCUGCUCGGAGGGCGGAUGGGUCCCAGCCCUGUUUGAUGAGGUGGCCAUAUACUUUUCUGACGAGGAGUGGGACGUUCUGACCGAGCCACAAAAGGCCCUGUACCGGGAAGUCAUGAGGAUGAACUAUGAGACUGUGCUGUCGCUGGAAUUCCCAUUCCCUAAGCCAGACAUGAUCGCACGGUUGGAAAGGGAGGAGGAGUCUCAGACUUCGGAUGAGUGGCCGCUCCAAGGAGGAACCUUUGCAGAGAAUGAAGACUCUGACGUUAAGCCUCCGGAUUGGGCGGGCCCCACGAAUUCCACCCCCCAGCUCCCGCAGACUCAGCCCCUGGAUGGCCUGGGCCUCCGGUUGCCUCGGGACCUGGCGGAGCUGCCGGAGUGGAGCGAGGGCUACCCCUUCUACGUGGCCAUGGGCUUCCCGGGGUACGACCUCUCGGCCGAUGACAUAGCCGGGAAGUUCGGCCGCGGUGUGCGGCGCAGCUACGACGCGGGCUUCAAGUUGAUGGUGGUGGAGUACGCCGAGAGCACCAACAACUGCCAGGCCGCCAAGCAGUUCGGGGUGCUGGAAAAGAACGUGCGGGACUGGCGCAAGGUGAAGCCGCAGCUGCAGAACGCCCACGCCAUGCGGCGCGCCUUCCGGGGCCCCAAGAACGGCAGGUUUGCCCUGGUGGACCAGCGCGUGGCCGAGUAUGUGCGAUACAUGCAGGCCAAAGGGGACCCCAUCACCAGGGAGGCGAUGCAGCUGAAGGCGCUGGAGAUCGCCCAGGAGAUGAACAUUCCCGAGAAGGGCUUCAAGGCGAGCUUGGGCUGGUGUCGCCGGAUGAUGCGGAGGUACGACCUGUCGCUGAGGCACAAGGUGCCCGUCCCCCAGCACCUGCCCGAGGACCUGACCGAGAAGCUGGUCACCUACCAGCGCAGCGUGCUGGCCCUGCGCAGGACGCAUGACUACGAGGUGGCCCAGAUGGGCAACGCCGACGAGACGCCCAUCUGCCUAGAGGUGCCAUCGCGGGUGACCGUGGACAACCAGGGCGAGAAGCCUGUGCUGGUGAAGACGCCGGGGCGGGAGAAGCUCAAGAUCACGGCGAUGCUCGGGGUGCUGGCCGACGGCAGGAAGCUGCCCCCCUACAUCAUCCUCAGGGGCACCUACAUCCCGCCCGGCAAGUUCCCCAGCGGCAUGGAGAUCCGCUGCCACCGCUAUGGGUGGAUGACCGAGGACUUGAUGCAGGACUGGCUGGACGUGGUGUGGAGGCGGCGCACGGGUGCCGGUGCGCCCAAGCAGCGUGGCAUGCUCAUCCUGAACGGCUUCCGGGGCCACGCCACCGACUCGGUGAAGAGCUCCAUGGAGAGCCUGAACACGGACAUGGUCAUCAUCCCCGGCGGGCUGACCUCCCAGCUGCAGGUGCUGGACGUGGUGGUCUACAAGCCACUCAAUGACAGCGUGCGGGCCCAGUACUCCAACUGGCUGCUGGCCGGGAACCUGGCCCUCAGCCCCACCGGCAACGCCAAGAAGCCGCCCCUGGGCCUCUUCCUCGAGUGGGUCAUGGUGGCCUGGAACAGCAUCUCGAGCGAAGCCAUCGUCCAGGGCUUCAAGAAGUGCCACAUCUCCAGCAACCUGGAGGAGGAAGACGACGUGCUGUGGGAAAUCGAGAGUGAGCCGCCCAGCGGCAGCGAAGCGCCCAGAGAGUGUGACCCGGAACACGUGACCGUGGGCCACUGAAGGGAGAAGCGGCUCAGCCAAUGGAACUGUGAUUGGAACAGCUGCGGAGGCCGAUCCUCAAGAAGAUUAUUCCCGAAGGUGUGGGUGCCCCGAGAACGGCAGGACAAGGCAGCGGGGCUCGAAGAGCCGGGGCGGACGGCAGCAGCCUGUGCGUUCCCUGCGGGGACACAGCCCGACCCCGCCCCGCAUCCCAAGGUGAGGACCCGUCCUUGCAGCAGAGAACCAAUUAGCGAAGAAGCUGCUUCUGCCCGGCGUCUGGUCGCGGAGAUGAGUCCUGUGCCCAUCAGAAGAGACGUGUAAAUACGAGUGAGCAAAGGUGUUUUCCCAGCGAAGAGACCCUUGCUCCCUGCCCUGGCGUGGGCUCGAGUCUAGUGCGGGAGCACCUCAACGACUGUUUCACUCUGCCUUUGAAAACCCCUCCCGAAGUAGAGCCUGUGCCCCACACAGGUCAAGACCGCACGGUUCGCAGCGUGUCCCUGCAGUACACCUGCCACGUGCUCGCUGCCCCUUGGGGAAAAGAUGAGACACGAAGGCGUCGUGGCCUGGUGCCGGCAGGUGGCUUCGCAGACACACUAGGUGGGCUGGAAGAUGGAGGCUGAGAUAAGCUACGCUGUUUUAUUUAUCUUCCCAAUCCAGUUGGCAGCUAGACUUUUGUAGGGUCUCGUUUAACGGCCCUACCUAUUUUUUUUCCCUCCCCGUCAGUAUAUUUAAUGAUAGGGCGGCACUCGUAAUGCAGCUUUUGUUUCUCAGGCUGCCCGCAGAAGUCGUCACUGUAAAUCCCCUGCUGUCUACUAUGGUACACGGCCCACUGAGACUCAACUGAUACGCGCUUUAGGGCUUGCUUUAAUAUCUUUUAUCACACUGGUGGUGGGAGGGCUUGGACCGAUAGAUAGCCAUAGCUGUUUUGAGAUUUCUAAUCUCCUGCCCGGCGGGAGACAGGAAGCAGUGGAAUUUCGCUCAGUUUUCACACCACAGUAAUUUGCAUCCCCGUGUAAGUUGAGUGUCACAAGAACAUUCCUUCAAGGCUCUGUGUGCUACAAAAUACAACAGAACCUCGCAGACAAAGCCAUUGCUGGAAAUGUCACUGCAGUGUCAAAUCGAUGUAGCAAGCUACCAUAACCACUUUUCCUUCCGGUAGACAGCUGAACUGUGUAUUAUACUGCUCUUGGCGUCUUGAAAUACCUAUUUCUACUCAGGUACUAAUUUUCCUGUUCACCUUUCUCUUUAAACCCAAUUUCCCCCCCUUGGGGUGGGAGGGGGGGACACUUAACUUCCAGUAUCUGAAUUGUUUCCCUCCUUGUCCUGGCCUGUCCUGUGUUCUUGGUCAUUCCAAAUGGCAUCUAAACCCAGCUACUUUCCACUCCACAAGUUUCCAUUCCAUGUAAUUCUGAAUUUUUCCUCCACUGUCCUAGUUCCUAACCCUUUAUGUCAUACCGCAACACUUUGGGAGCUUAACACACUUUGUAGGACCUAACUUUGGUUCCUUGCGUUGGAGCCAUAGUCAGCAUCCUGGGAGGAGUCGAGAAUGGGCUCAACUCCCAUUUCAUUCCGCCAGCGGCUCCUCAAGUCUCACCGUCGCUGAGAGAUGAUGCCUUACAGGCUGCACAGCACUGGAACUUCCCUAGAGUAAUGGCUCUCCUGUCCGGGUCUUUCUGGGCUCACUCUUCCACUGACUUAAUGAUGAUGUUUGCCUGACAGAGCCCCAGUACAGCGGUUUUGCAGAAGGCUGUUACCCUAGAAUUAAUAUAGCACAUCCGGAGACCUAGUCGUACUCCCUGGUAGUUAGGAACUGACUCUCCCCCUGCCCCCACAACAAUAAACUUUGAUAAUAAAGACCGUAGGGUAUGCUGGUUUUAUUUGUUGACCUGUGGGCCUUGUGAAGUUACAUUACCCCACAAGUGCACCCUUGAAUCGUCAAUCGUGUUCAUGGCAUGCAGUGACGUGGGUGUCUUUAAACACAAUGGGAAGAAAAGUUAGGUGAUUUAAACUGGCUUUGGAAGUAGGGGAAGUGUGGCAUACGGGGCUCUUUUCCUCAGUCAUGUUCAAGGUGGCCUCAGAAGGGGGCAUUCCCAAAAACACACAGAGGAGCAAGAAUGUGAGUGAAAACGUGCUAGCAGACUGAUGGACAAAAUAGAACGCGGGGUCCUGGGAAGUCUGAUGAACCCAUGGGGCUUUUACUGUGUUCAGCAGAAGCAGUCCCGACAGCUGACCACGCCCACAGAACAAGGAAGUGGCAGUACCCAGGAAUAACCAGAUAGUUUUCCUUUGCAGUCCAUUGGCAUGAAACACUGACCCAAUCUGUCGUCUGCACCCUUCAAGGCUGAGCUCUGAGACUGAGCAUACAUAUCCUGACCUGUCCUCCCAGAAGGCAUUUUGACAUGAGUCCAAGAUGGGACACAGGCAUUGAUGGUCAAAGCAGGGUCAUCACUCAGAAGGUUUGUGAAAUCUGGGAGCUCACGGUCAUGACAGGGACAGGGAAAGGUGUUUCAGGAACUUUGUGUCUGGCUGCUCACAGACAACAAGGGCGUGUGCUCAUCAGCAGGCCUCUGGCCUGUCUGGUAAAGUAAGGCCCAUCACUCAAAGGCCAGAGCACUACUGAGCUUCCUACAGGAAGAACAAGCUCUAUGCCAAGUGUGAAAUUACCUGGCUUCUCACUUGUUCCUUUUCCCCCUCCCUGGAAUGGGCACUUUUCUAAAUGCUGCUUGAUAAGGAGCACUCACGAUUUCUUAACCUGAGUGUAGAAAAGACUGCACGCAGGACCCCAGAGCUGCCAGUGGUGUUAGAGGGAGCCGGCCUGCAUGGAACAGAGAGCUCCAAACCUCUGUACCUUCCUGCUCUGCCCUCAACUUCCUCUCCCAACUUUGAAAACAAUUUUGGGGCCAGCUUUGUGGCAAAGCUGGGUGAGCCACCAUAUGCGACAUUGGCAUCCCAUAUCAGAGCACUGGUUCGAAUCCCAGCUGCUCUGCUUCUGAUUCAGCUCCCUGCUAAUGUGCCUAGGAAGGCAGUGGAAAAUGGCCAAAAGUUUUUGGGCCCCUGCCACCCUAGUAGAAGACCCAGAUAGGGUUCUGGGCUCCUGGCUUUGGUGUGGACCAGCCCCGGCCGUUGUGGACAUUUGGGGGAGUGAACCAGCAGAUGGAAAAUCUCUCUGUCUCUGUCAUCCUGCCUUCCAAAGGAUUUCUUCAAGAAAACUGACAUGGAGAACAAACCUUGUUUGAGCGUGUAGACCUGAAAUGUGAAUCAGAGGUAGGACUCUGGUGUUCUGUGUUCUCACAAGGGUAGGUGACUAGAAAUGUAGGCUACACACCCUAGACAGCAGUGAGCAGUUUUCCUGUUUGGAAUUUGCUGUACAACCCCUCGCAGAACGCGCUAUUGCCAUGGGCAGCAGGAGAUGGCUGGGGCUCCCAGCUGCUUCUCCGCCCGGGCAUUUCAUGAGUUCAUGGUUUACGAAUUUGUUUUUGUGUGUGUUUUAUUUUUGUUUGUUUGUUUGUUUGAGAGACGGACUGCCAUCUGCAAGUUCAUUCUUCAAAUGCCCACCCGGCUGAGGUGGAAGCCAGCAGCCAGGAACUCAAUCCAGGUCUCCCACAGGGGUGGCAGGAACCCCACUUACCCGAGCCACAGCUGCUGCCUCCCAAGGUCUGCAUUAUCCAGAAGCCAAAGUCAGAAGCCUGAGCAGGGAACUCAAACCCAGCUGCUCUGAUGUGGGACACGGCGUCCGCCCCCGGGUGAACACCUGCUAGCAGGCCUCCUAAGGUCUAGCAGAUGCUCCCAGAGAAGCACUAAGGCCCAGACGGUCCAGAAUAAAACCAUUGUAUUCACCGACUAGCAGUUCACAU